AGAUUGCGCCACUCGGGAGCCUUAGGCGCCCUAUACUAAAAAGCUGUGUUUGCAUAAUGACUCGUAUUAAAUCAGAGAACAUUUUUGCUGGUAAAAAAUGGACUUCAGCAAUCUCUGAUUUAACUUCCCCAUUUUCAUUCCAAAUGUUAAACCCGAUCAUCAUGAACAGGCUUCAAAUCUCCACGUGCUCGGAUUACUGGUCAGCAGUAGUGCGUUCUGAAGGGCGCUCCUCCUCUAAAACCGCGACGGUUGGGGGUGUGUAGUGACAUGACCGGGGUGCCCAUGACUGUUAUGAUGAAAUCAUGUGUGCGGUGUCACUGUUUGUACGCGUACUGUAGGAUAGGGUUGCCUCUCACAAAUGUGAAUUUAAUCAAUAUAACUAACUGUAUUUUCUAUUAAAAACAUUGAUCGGAAGGGUAGGAGUUUCUUCUCCAACAGACAUUUGAAUUCCAUAUCCGUAUUGAAUCACCUUGGUUGACCUAUUGGCUAUACCCUUGAAGCACUAGCAGACUGGCUCUUUAACCAAACAUAUGCUUAUUCGUAGCGGCGUCGAUCACAGCACAGGACAAGGAACACAUUGCAGUAGCAGUACCGAGAUCUCUUAACCGAACCGGAGACGUAGGCUACGUAGCACUGAGCAGCUGACUUGGAAACACAGGCGCUAUAAUUUUCCCAACGUGGCUGCGUCAAGAGAACUCGACCAAAAAGGGGAUUGCUCAAGGGGAUCGAUUUAAAGACCACCACGGUAUUUGGAGUCGACACAUUGUAGGCUACCACUCUCGACUUGUUGAAGAUAACCCACUUAUUUUUCAUUAGCAAAACUGAAGUUCUCGGCUUUCACAUGAUGUACACUAUUACUAGAGGUCCCAGUAAACUUGUUACACAGCGCAGGACAGGUCCCACGCAGCAAAUUGAGAAUAAAACCAACGACUUGAAGCUCAAACCGACCCCUUGGUUAUCCUCAAACUCUCCAACCCCUAAGAUAGUGUUUAAUCGCCUGAACGGGAAGAGAUACCACACUGCAGCCUCACAGAAGGAAGACACCACAUCUGAAGGCUUCACCCCGGCCCAUGAAGAGAAUGUCCGAUUUGUGUACGAAGCAUGGCAGGAAAUCGAGCAGAAGCUGGCAGGAGAUGGAGAAGGCCGUGUGGAGCCUGCUGCUGUAUGUGGCCAGGGGCCCGUGCAGUAUGCAGAGAAGACCCCCAGUACCACAACGAAGAACUUUGUGCCUAUAGACCUGGAGGAGUGGUGGGCCCAGCGCUUCCUGGCCAACAUCGCUAACCUGUCGUGACAGGGAGAGAAGGGACAGGAGGUGCUAACUUGCGUGGAAGCCACAUGGGCCAAGCUGUGAUCAGAAGAAGAGGUGCUGGAGGGGUGGAGAGAGGACAUUCUGGUUCUGAAGCUACAGUUUAGUGGGCUUCCUGUAUUUUGGGUUGAAAGGAAUACUGAUAUCUGCACCGUGCUAGGGGAGUGUGUGACACGCACACAUCGCUGUACCCCUGAAUGGUCCUGAAGCUACAAACUUUGACUGAACGCUCCACCUCCAAGGAAAAUGCCUGUUCCUGAUUGGCUAAUCAACCAGAAGAACUAAUUCAUGAAGAGUAUCUGUGAUUUUUCUUCCACUUGUGUUUUCUUUUUAACAAGUACCUCCCUGCCCCAACAUGAGUUGUGCUCAGAUUGAAUGAAGUCUAUUUCUUGGCUGGUCUUUGGAGAAAAACAGUAAAAUAUUUUUCACUAUU